ACCAAUGCAGAAUAUUAUGUCAUCUAAAUGUCUUCGGUGUUAUAUAUAGUUCUACGCAAUGACAGUUUAUUAGAAACCAGAUACACAUUAAUAAACGAAAAAUACACACGGCUGCAUGAUCAAUAUCAAGUUACUAACGCUAACCUUAUCAUGAUAAUCAAUCAAAGUCGAAAGUACGAAUCGUGUUCGAAAAUUUUUGUUGACAUUACGACGAACUUCCGGUGAAUUGACCAAUCAGCAUCGAGACUUUACAGGUGACCUCUUGAGUUUGAUAGUGAAUAUUCUAACAUAAUGAGCCGUGGUAGAGCGCUAUUAUCGACACUCUCCAAGAUGCCGAAGAUGUAUUCAGCCCCAGAGAACCUGAAGGUGCCGAUGAACUUCCCAAAGAAGUUACUGAUGGGUCCGGGACCGUCCACAGCACCACCUAGAGUGCUUGCAGCAAGUGCCCUCCCCCUAUUGGGACAUCUUCACCCAGAAUUCACACAGAUAAUGGAUGAUGUGAAAGAUGGCUUAAGAUAUGCAUUCCAAACCAAAAAUGAACUUGUUUUAGCUGUAUCUGGCACAGGUCAUGCUGCCAUGGAGACCGCUGCCUGUAACUUAAUAGAAGAUGGGGAUGUGGUUAUGGUCUGCAACAUGGGGCUCUGGGGUACACGGUUUGCUGACAUGGCAGAGAGGCAUGGUGCUGAUGUCAGACAGCUCAAAAAAGAUUUUGGCCAAGCUUUUACCCUUGAAGAAAUUGAACAGGGUCUUAAGGAUCAUAAGCCUGUUCUAGUCUUCCUGGCUCAGAGUGAGUCAUCAUCCACCGUCCUUCAACCAGUAGAGGGAGUAGGGGCCCUUUGUAGAAAACACAACGCUCUCCUUUGUGUUGACACUGUAGCCUCUUUAGGUGGUGCUCCUUUCUACAUGGAUGCUUGGGAUAUUGAUGUCGUCUACAGCGGUGCACAAAAAGUACUUAGUGCUCCCCCUGGUGCUAGUCCUAUAUGCUUUAAUGAGAGAGCUAGGCAGAAGUUGGUGAACAGAAAGACAAAACCGAGAUCAUUUUACUUUGACAUGAACUUCCUGAGUAAUUACUGGGGAUGUGAUGGCGAGGCUAGAAGAUACCACCACACUGGGGUCAUCAGCAGCAUAUAUGCUCUCAGAGAGGGGCUGUCUAUGCUGGUUGAGGAAGGUCUUGAGGCCAGCUGGCAAAGACAUGCUGACUGCACACAACUCUUCCAUGAUGGCCUUGCCAAGAUGGGAUUAUCCUGCUUUGUUGAAGAUAAGAAUAUUCGCCUACCGACUCUUACUGCUGUGAAUGUGCCUGAGGGCGUCAAUUGGAAGGAAGUGGCAGACUUUGUCAUGGAUAAAUAUAAGGUUGAGAUAUCUGGAGGAUUGGGACCAUCAGCUGGCAAAGUGUGGAGAAUUGGAGUGAUGGGCUACAAUGCUGAACCAGCUAAUAUAAAUGCAAGAAAUAAAGG